GAGUCUCAAUUAAAUAAAACACAAGAAAAUGUCGGAAGAAACAAAAAAAGUAGAUUUGUCUGGCGAUGGAGGUGUGCUAAAGGAAAUACUGAAAGAGGGAAGCGGAGUCGAUACGCCAAGUGGCGGUUGCAAGGUCUCACUUCACUAUACCGGCAGACUUGUUGACGGCACAGAGUUCGAUUCCAGCGUGGGACGGAAUGAACCCUUUGAAUUUGAGCUGGGCAAAGGACGCGUUAUCAAAGCCUUCGACAUGGGUGUCGCUACGAUGAAACUCGGCGAGCGUUGCUUCCUAACAUGUGCUCCAAAUUAUGCCUACGGCGCUGCUGGCAGCCCGCCAAGUAUUCCUCCCGACUCGACACUUAUCUUUGAGCUGGAAAUGCUGGGUUGGAAAGGCGAAGAUCUCAGUCCCAAUCAAGAUGACAGCAUUCAACGAACAAUUCUAGAACAUAGCGAUAAGAAGAGAACACCCAGCGAUGGUGCUUUUGUCAAAGCACACAUUACUGGAUCUUUCGAUGGUAAUGUGUUUGAAGAACGCGAUGUGGAAUUCGAUUAUGGCGAAGGAAGUGCCAGCGGUAUUGUAGAAGGCCUGGAAAUUGCUUUGGAGAAAAUGAACAUUGGCGAAACAUCCAAAAUCAAGAUCCAGCCAAAAUAUGCAUUCGGUACCAAAGGCAAUGAGACCUUUAAGAUACCGCCAAACUCAACGAUUGAAUACGUUGUUAAACUGAUUGAUUGCGGCAAAGGUCUGGAGGAGUGGAAAUUAAGUGAUAGCGAACGCGUUGCUGAGGCUAAAGUCUACAAGGAAAAGGGCACCAACUAUUUCAAGAAGGAAAACUAUGAAUUGGCCAUUAAGAUGUACAACAAAUGUAAGAACCUAUUACCCAGCAUCAAGGAUAAUACCAGUGAUGAGGUCAAGGCUCUGAAAGUCGCCACACACAGUAACAUAGCACUGUGUCACCAGAAAUCGAACAAUCACUUUGAGGCCAAGCAGGAGUGUAAUGCUGUGCUUGAGCUGGAUGCCAAUAAUGUUAAAGCGUUAUAUCGUCGUGGACAGUGUAAUCUAGUUGUCAAUGAACUGGAGGAAGCCUUGGAUGAUUUUCAGAAAGUUAUACAACUGGAGUCUGGAAACAAGGCUGCUGCCAAUCAUAUUGUUAUAUGCAAGCAGAAAAUCAAGCAAAACAAGGAUAAGGAGAAGAAAUUGUAUGCUAAUAUGUUUGCCAAAUUGGCUGCUAACGACAAAGAGACGGAUCCUCCACGCGAAACUGACGUUCUGGAUCAGUGCGGCGAAUGGUCCGAGGAGGAUGCUAAACGUGAAGCUGAUUUGACGCUAGAGCGCGAUAAUAUAAUUAUGAUUUAAAUUUAUAAAACAAAAAUUGUACAGCGCACUGCUGUUAUUCUUUUUAAUGCAUACUUACCAACAUUACUA